AUGGCAGAAGAGACGCAGCAAUUGAGGAAUCAUGUAACCCAGCUUCAGGCCGAAAUGGCUACUAGAACGGACUUAGCUAAUCUCCAGACAAAUCUGAAGGAAGCACUGCAGCAAGCUCAGGCAGAAAUGAUACAGAUGGUUCAAUCCAUGCUGUCUAGUCAGGCGGGAUCUAGCAGGUCUCAUGGGUUUGGUGGCGGGCACCAGGAACGGGGAAGGAAUGUAGAGCGCGGGGAGUCCUCGAACCCAGAGGGAUCUAACUCCAGCGAUGGGCUCAAGCCUAAAACAAUCCGAUGGGAAUUCCCACGGUUGACGGUGAAGACCCGGAAUCGUGGUGUUGCCGUGCGGAACAAUACUUUGAUUAUUAUAACACUCCUGACCCUCAACGCCUUUCCAUCUCCUCCUUUCACAUGGAAGGAAGAGCCAUGGUCUAGUUCCAAGAAUUCAAGUCUACCAACCGGGAGGCUUCUUGGGGGGAGUUUGUCACAGCUCUCCAAAUUCGGUUUGGGACUGCCCGAAGCACACAAGCUAAGUUGCUUUAUGGGGGGAUUGAAGGAAGAGAUCCGACUGCCGGUAAGGAUGUUCAAUCCAAAGAACUUGGUGGAUGCGUAUGCACUAGCUCGGAUUCAAGAGGAGUGUGUAAUGAAUACGGCUAGGAGUUUCCGAUCGAGCUGGCGAUUGGUGCAGAUAACUCAAUCGCAUCGGGGGUUAUCCACGGAACUUCCAGUCGGGGUUGCUAAGGGGAGCAGUUUUACCCCUACUAAGUUCACUCAGCCUGUGUCCCUAAGGCAAAAUGUCCUACCGCCACCUGGGGGAGGAUUAACCCAGUUAGAAAAUGCAAGUCCCAACCGAGCCUUGGUGCCGGUUCAGAAAAUCACUCAGGCCCAGAUGGAAGAGCGCCGGAGGAAAGGACUUUGCUACUCUUGUGAUGCAAAGUGGGUUAGAGGCCACGUCUGCCAAGUGCCCAAGCUUUUUCUCAUUGAGAUUGCGGACCAGGAGGAAGAAGAAGGAGGCAAGUCAGCUUCUCAAGCUGAAGAGGACCCAGGGGAGUUCUUUUUAGAAGAGUUCCCGAAAAUUUCGCUCAAUGCCAUCACGGGAUCACCAAGUCCUAAAACUAUGAGAAUUGUGGGAAUCAUUCGAUUCCGUAAGGCUAUUAUCUUAAUUGAUUCGGGUAGUACCCACAACUUCAUGGAUGCAAAACUGGCUGCUGCAUUAGGAAUUCAACCAGUUGGGCAAGACGGAAUCAAGGUGAAAAUUGCAAACGGGCAGGAAGUGGCAAGCCCAGGGAAGAGCAGAAAGGUGGAAGUUAAGAUGCAAGGGUACAUCUUCCGAACUGAGUUUUUUAUCCUGCCCCUGGCAGGCUGUGAUGCAGUACUAGGCAUCCAAUGGCUUAGAACCCUUGGACCCAUCCUGUGGGAUUUUACUCAGCUGGAAAUGAGGUUCCGGUAUGAGACAUCUGAUUGUACCCUGUGUGGACUCAGGCAAGGUCCCCGGAUGAGUUGGGAGGAAGGAGACUCUUUCAAACUCUCAAGACUGGAAGGGAAGGGCAUUCUACUAUACUUAAUGGAACAGACUACCAAUGGGGCCCUAGAGCCUAAACAAUUCCGGACAGUCCCUAAACAGCCCCAGUUACCUGGUCCAGUGGCUGCUAUACUUGAAGAUUACCGUGACAUCUUCCAGGAACCUAAAGGGCUGCCGCCUCAUAGGGCCCACGACCAUGCCAUUACACUUCAAGAGGGAGCCCAACCGGUGUCAGUUCAGCCCUACCGGUACCCCUUCUACCAAAAAGAGGAGAUAGAACGAAUUGUGAAGGAAUUGCUGGAAUCGGGGGUUAUUAGACCCAGUCACAGCCCAUUCUCAUCUCCGGUGUUAUUAGUAAGGAAGGCGGACGGCACGUGGAGGAUGUGCAUGGACUAUCGGGCAUUGAACAAGGUAACGAUCAAAGAUAAAUUUCCUAUUCCUAUAGUAGACGAGCUAUUGGAUGAACUGUGGGGAGCACAAAUUUUUUCUAAGCUGGACCUAAGAUCCGGGUACCACCAAAUCCGAGUGGUAGAGGCUGAUAUCCCCAAAACUGCUUUUAGAAUUCACGCUGGACACUAUGAGUUCCUGGUUAUGCCCUUUGGGCUAACCAAUGCACCCUCAACCUUUCAAAGCCUAAUGAACCACAUAUUCCAACCCUUUUUGAGGAAGUUCAUUUUAGUGUUUUUCGAUGACAUAUUGAUAUACAGCCCGGACAUGGAGUCACACCUCACCCACCUUCAAAAGACACUAGAACUCUUGAGGAAACAUCAACUGUUCGCUAAGAUGACCAAAUGCCGAUUUGGUUGUGUGGAAGUUGAGUAUUUGGGGCAUGUGGUCUCAGGCCGAGGAGUUUAUGCAGACCCGAGCAAGAUUCAGGCCAUGGUGGAUUGGCCACACCCUACGACCAUCAAGGCCCUGAGGGGUUUCCUAGGGUUGACAGGGUAUUACCGGGAGUUUAUAAGAAAUUAUGGAGCCAUAGCUGCACCAUUAACAGCCAUGCUCAAGAAGAAUUCCUUCUCGUGGUUAGAACCGGCUCAAGGGGCCUUUUUAGCCCUAAAGACAGCAGUUACCCAAGCCCCAGUCCUAGCCCUGCCCAAUUUCUCUCAGCCCUUCUUAAUAGAGUGCGAUGCUAGUGGAGUUGGAAUAGGGGCGGUCCUUAUGCAGGGUAACCGGCCUAUAGCUUUCCUUAGCAAAGCACUCAAGGGUAAGGCACUCCAUAUGUCCACUUACGAAAAAGAGCUAUUUGCCCUUGUUACAUCAAUUCAAAAAUGGAGACCUUAUUUAUUGGGACGCCCUUUCGUGGUCAAAACUGACCAGCAGAGCCUCAAAUUCCUGCUAGAACAGAAGGUAGGGACCCCCUUCCAGCAGAAAUGGAUUACGAAGCUGUUGGGGUAUGACUUCGUGGUGGAGUAUAAAAAGGGGGUUGAGAAUAGGGUGGCUGAUGCCCUAUCCAGGAAGGAAGGCUGGGAGGAAGGACUUUCCCUUUCCCUACUAUCUAUCCCAACUGCUAGUUGGGUAGAGGAUUUGAAACAACAGUACACUGAGGAUGAGGAGCUCAAGCAGCUAAUGGGGAAAUGGCUGAACAAUGAGUUAGACAACCGUAGGUACUCUCUCCGAGAUGGGCUCUUACUUUACAAGCACAAGAUUCUAUUAUGA